AUGGCGCACUCAAGGAUGACAAUAGAAGUACAAGUGACAACAGAAGACAUGUCUCCGUCUCACGCCAGUUCCUCUUCAUCGCAAAAUCACAACGCUGUAUCUCCGCCUGCUCCUAGUAACAAUAUAGCUUCUUCCUCGCCUGAAGUCUCCGUGAACGAUGAAAUUAGGGCAUCACGCAAGGUCACAUUCCUCGAUCCUGAUACUCAGAACCUCCCUCCAAAAAAGCGGCGACGCGCUACACUUGCAAAUCCCUCUGACUCCGCAGCACCAUAUGACUCUCAGCCUGAUAUCGUGGUUUCGCCUACUCGCGACAUUUCCGAUUCUGCAGAAAACCUACCAGAGCCAGCUAUUCCUCCUAAAAAGAUCAAGAAAAAGGCAGAGAGGACUAUAUCUAAGUCUUCGGAAGUGGAAACUAGCUCAAGACCCAGGGCUACUUCAAUUACUAGAAAUCAUGACGAUACGGAAGCUGUGAACAAGCCAAAGCUGAAAAAGAAGUCAAGGAAGGAGCCGGAGACUGAGCACGGCUCUACUUCUUCUACCUUCAAGGCUUCAGAUGAAACUGCCAACUCAGCUCCAGCAGCCAUUGCCAAAUCUUCCAGGAAGUCGAAAAAACAGAAAGCCGAGACUUCUGUCAAUGCCUUUUCCCAACAAUUAGCCCAAACGAUCACUGACGGGCAUCUUGCCUCGGCUGAACUUCAAGAUGCUUCAGAUCACGGCGCACCACCUCGUAGGCGGGUGAAGCAUAGAAGUUCCUCACUCCAGUCGCCAAGGCAAAAGAUGAACGUUGAAUUUCGGUUAGGCAGGGCCAAAACUGCUGAACCAAUGUCUGAAACAACAGAGCAUGAGCGACCCGAUGUAACAAUCAAACCCAAAAAGAAAAAGAAACCAGAGGAUCGGGUCUUUACUCCUGAUGAACUCGAGGCUGUUAAGAGCGAAAUGAACCGACUUGUGGCUUCAUUGACAACCAAUAAACCUCAUCUAUUGUCUCAAACGAAACCUCAGCCCCUUAAACCAACAACCCGCCUUUCUCAAAAACCCGCCACUUCUGCAAACAUUCUUGCCAUUGCGAAAAGCAAGGAGAGUCGGACCAAUUCCUCGACACCGCGCGAAGAUGAUGCUCCCUCUUCGAAUUUGAAGAAAUCUGUCAUCCCAACCAAAUCAUCUCUUGCCUCUGAACCUGAAUCAAGUGAUGAUGAUGAUGAUGAUCGUUCAGGAGUGAUAUCCAAACCGAUAUCGAUUCCUCAGCCUCCCUCUACAUCCAACUCUCUUGAUAACAUAGACUCUGAGCUUUACUUGGAAGAGCUUCUUCGAGGUCCCAAUAAGCGGCGAUUGACUCUUGACAGUAUAUUGCCUUUUGCUACUACACCUAACCGUAAGCGAAAAGCAGUCGUCUUAGAAGAGGACUCGAUCGUGACUCCGAAAUCUGUUCGUCGUUCUUUGCAGAAAAAGGUGUCUGCAUGGCCGAGCUCGGACUCAGAUAAUGCCUACUACGAGUCUGCCUCUGACGACGUGGCAUCGGUGUCCAAUGGCCUGUCUGGUGUUGACCAACCUCCUACAUUAGAGGACUCGAAAAAAGAUUCAAUUGGGCCAGACGAUACCAUAGAACCGGAAUUACUUUCUGCUCCAGAUGGGUUUGAUGACACCCUUGCAUCUGGUCAGGUCGAUCCUGUUCAGACUCCAGCGCAUAAAACGUUCACGGAGACUUUCUCAGAAAUGCCUCAUUCUGUGACGCCAACGAAUAAACAAGCACCUGUCGUUCCCUGCAUUCCAUCCUCAUCACACGGUUCUUCAGACGAACAUGAUCCCAUCGAGCCAAUCGUACCCUCUCCGCGAUCCCAUAGUCCCAUCGAAAACGCGCUCGCUACGAAGAACUCAAUGCCAACACACCGUACUAGAACCACUACAACGUAUUCAAAACCUGAAAUUGUCUUGGUUCGUCGGUCUACUAGGAAGAGCCAAUCGCAACCGAUUUCGAAACAUGAAGCUGACGUCAGACAAAGUGUUGUCAGGUUGACAAGGGCCAAGUCCACUGCGCAAAUACAAACACCUCGUAGUCCCGCUCCGCCUCCCUCUCCCACUCUGCCAUCUCCCAGACGCCUACGUUCAGCCAUUCAGCCCGCACGAGUCAUCCACACCGCCGAGUCUCUGAAUUAUCAGACGCCUGCGUCCGUCCAGAAAAAACAGUCUCAGCCGUUGGCCAAUAUGUGGACGACGUUGCAUGCUGAACCGUCAUCGACUGUGGAUGCAGAAUCAUCUCAUGGUGACGAUGAAUUGCAUUCGAGCCCGGGGCAUGAACCAGCUACAGGACCGGAAAAUCCACUUUUUACCGCUAGUGAAAGCCAGGUAGAUUUUCCUUACUCCCAGUUUCAGGAUAUCAAUCUCGACACGGAUAAUGGCGCGGAUGAGCCGCUUAUUGGUGUUGAUCGUUUAGAUGAAGAUUCCGAAGAGGAAGAGGAAGUACAGGAGACUAUCACACCUCGAGUAACUAGGCGGAGUUCUACAGCAUACCGUGGUUUAUCUGAAAUCGCUGGCCAGAACAAGUUCUUCGCCGGCUUUCAGCCGAGUUCCGUCCCCACUUCUACUCCCAUAAAUUUCAAAGAGGAUAUGUAUGGACCUUUGAGUCAAGCUUACGAUGAUGAUGCAUCAGACUCUGGAUCAGAGUCGGGGACAGAGAAAUCUCAUAUCCCUAGAGCGAGAAGAGCUGGAAACAAACGAUAACAUUACACCGCACCGAAUCUGCUCAACUCCGUCUAUUGACAAAUCAUUGCUAACAAAGUAAUCAUACUGUGCACAUAGCUAUCUUGGUUGUGACUAUUGCCUUGGGGAUCUGACCUCAUAAAAUAC